CUCUCUCUCUCUGGCUGGUCUCAACUUCUCACCGACUCACCGCCGCAGACGGUUCGCGGGCUGGAUACGACGAGCAGCUUUUCCACUUUUGCAGAACAAGAACAUGGCUCUCCUGCGCGGAACCCCUGUGACCUUGUUUCUCCACCUGUGCCUCCUCGACUGGAGCGCGUGGGCCAAGGUGGAGCUGACCAUGCAUGAGGCCGUUGAGGUGUACGCGGGCGACUCGGCUCAGAUCCCCUGCCAGUACAACUUCACGGAUGCCGACAACGAGCCCAGCUUUGUCAUGAUCCAGUGGUUUGUGAAAGCCGCAGGAAACAGCGCACGAACGCGGAUCUUCUACGGCGAUCGCAGUCAGCACAUUGUGGACAACAACACCGACUACAGCGGCCGCGUCGAGGUGAUCGCUGACGAUCAGGGAACCCGACUCGCCAUCCAGCAUGUCCAGCUGCGCGACGAGAGGGAAUUCCUCUGCCAGGUCAACGGGCUGGCCGCCGGGAACGCCGAGGGCAAGACCCACCUCAAAGUGUUUGCUCCACCGGAGGCUCCGGUGAUCGAAGGUGUCGUUUCUGGAAUAUCCAUCACCAAUGAGGUUCCAUCUCAGGUUGCAUCGUGUGAGGCUCGCAGCGGCUUCCCUAAACCCAACAUCACAUGGUACAGGGACAGCGUGCCACUGGUGCCUACACUGGGCUAUACAAACGUGUUGACCCUGGUGAGCCAGCAGUCCAGUGGCUUCAUCUCCGUCCAGAGCACACUGGAGUACAAGGUGAUUAAGGAGGACAAGGACGCCCGUUUCUCCUGUGAGGUCAGCUUCUUCGUCCCCGGAGCCAUCCGGACAGUAGAGUCCAACAGCAUCAACAUCACUGUUCACUAUCCCACCACCAUGGUGGAGCUGUGGAAGCAGUCGCCCCAGGGCUUGGUCAAAGAGGGGGAUACUGUGGAGCUGCGUUGCCAGGGUGAUGGCAACCCCCCGCCGUCCUUCGUUUUCAACAGAGAACAAGAGCUGGAUGUGGACCUGGAGAAUCAAGGGGAUGUGUUGAAGCUGUCACCGGUGUCCCGGAAGGACAGUGGCAUCUACCAGUGUCGGCCUCUGAACCGCGACGACUCCUCCGAGGUCAAAGGAGAAAUGCAGCUCACUGUGCACUAUUUGGACCCAGCCGUGGUGGUUCCUAAAGACUCGGAGUUCAUGCUCAAAGGAGAAGAUCUGACUGCAACCUGCAACGCUCUGUCCUCCCUUCAAACAGCCACUGUGUGGUAUAAGAAUGGGAAGCAGGUGGGUAAAGGGAACACGUUGCACCUGAAGGACGCCAACUAUGAAACAGCAGGAGAGUACAUAUGCGAGGUGACCGUUCCCUCCCUGCCCGCCCUGCACACCAGCGGCUCCGUCCACAUCAUCGUCCAAGGCAGUCCCCAGCUGGUGGGAGGAGAGCAGGAGGUGCGGCUUGAGGAGGCAACAGGCAGGAUUGUGAAUCUGAGCUGCGAGGCUCACGGGCAUCCGCCGCCCAGCAUCUCCUGGAUCGUCAUCGGCAGCCAGAUCUGGAACGAGGUGGUGAGCAAGCCCAACGAGCACGUGACUCACAGCGUGUUGUCGGUCAAAGUCACCGCGGACAUCAGCGCCUCGUGCAACGCUUCCAAUGACAUGGGGACUGAAGUCAAGGCCUUCAGCAUCAAAGCCAUUCCCAGAUUCACCUCGGCCGCUCCCUUCUCUCCCGCUGAGGGCAGUGGGGUGAUCAUCGUGGUCAUCAUCCUGUGUCUGCUGCUGCUCGCCAUCCUCGGCAGCGUUCUCUACUUCCUGCAUAAGAAGGGGAAGAUCCCCUGUGGACGCUCAGGGAAACAGGAGAUCACCAAAGAGAAGACCACCAAAGACGACAUCGUCGUGGAGAUGAAGACCAACACCAAGAACGAGGAAGCUGUCCUCCUGAAGGCCGUCAACGGAGACAAAAAGGGCCCCGACGAGCAGUAAAGUCCCUGAAGGUUCAGCAGUGGUGUCGUGCAGCAGGCGGCGGCACAUCUAAGACCUCGCCCCCCCCCCCCAUCAUGCUUUUGUUCUCAGCAGUAUUCAGUAGAUUUACACACACAGGUAUGUAUGUGCAGAUGUGUAUUUUCUUUUGGAUGAGUGUUGGCUGACAUUCAUUUGUUUUGUUUUCCUCAAACUGUGUUCAGCGAGUUUGUGCGAUGGUGUCGUCAACCUUUUUUUCUUUUUAUAAGAAAUGUGUAUAUAUUAUAUAUAUUUUGUUAUUUAAGAUAUUUUGGCACUCAGAUUUCCAUUCGGUGUGCGCGUGCAUGUGAUCCGGACGCCAGCGGCUCCUCUGAGGCGGCCAUUUUUCUGGUGGUUCACAGUCGCGCUGAUUGAAGGACUGCCGGCGUGUCUGCUUCACUUUGACCUCACUUUGCUCCAAUAAUUCACUCAAAAUCAAUGUUGAAAUUUUCCGCAACAUGAGUCACUUCAAAACACAAGAUUACCAAAAUAAUAUCCGUGGAAACGGUCAUCAGAGCCACUGGCAGCCUUCGUUUGCAAACUGCUGGCAACCACAGGUAUUGUUUGUAAAUACGUGGUAGCGUAGCGAGCGGGGGGACGUAACUGAACUGUAGAGAUCUGCUGUGCCCGUUUUUGGAGGACGCGUCGUACACCGACUACGUUUGGUUUCUUUGGUUUGCUGUGUGUGUGUUUUCUGUGUUUCCACUGAGCACUCGUUGGGCCUGAAGAAGUGCUCCAGUGUUUGUGCGUGUUUCACAUGGGUUCACAACGGAUCUCAUCGCUCUGCACCUUUUCAGAUCUUUAACCAGGUAUUUUUUUUUUGGAUGCUUUGAACAAGCUUUUCUUGGAUAAUCCAUCACAGAGAACAUUUAGUUUUAUUCCAUCCAUGGUUAAGUCUGCGCUGCAUAAUUCAUGAAGCCAUCAUGAAUCUUUAACAACGGUAAAAGCAGACAAGUGUUCUCUGUGAUGGCUUACCGAAAUCAUUCCGCAAGUUACGGUGUUUUUUUUUUUUUUUAAAUACGUGAACUGAAUGAAUAUCUGGGGAAGGUUAGAAAUCUGCAGCUCUGUGUAGUUUUCCCAUUUAUUAUCAUGACAUUCAAGGUUUUUGUUUAGAAACAGAAGUUGAUUCUUGUUUUGAAGAUGUUGCCUUAGACCUCACAAAAUAAACACAAGUUUUCAUAAAAAUGAUUUGAAAAAAAAAAUUGGAAAACCAUCAAAAAAAUGUUUCAAAAAUUAAAA